AUGGCCUACUGGACUUCAGAGUCUGGUGCAUGGAAACCUGUAUCUAUUUUAGGAAAAGUGGCAGUUUCCAAGAUAGUUGAUUAUUUGAGACAUACAACUAGUCGGGGAUUGGAAGACAGCGGUCUUGAAGAGCUGUGCAACAUGCUUGACCCAGAUCAGAAAGAUGUCUCCAUGGACCUGGAAACGUAUCAUGCCAUCAUGAAAGAGUGGAUUGAAGACUGUAAGAGAAAAUGGGAAAAUGAUGCCACUGAGGAACCAACAGCAAGCAUGGAAGACCUGGAAUUUAAAGUGCUUAAAAACACCUCUGAAGCAAAAAAGACACAUGUCCGGAUGAAUGUUACAUCAGGAAGCUUGGAGGCCUUUGGGGGUGAUGUGUCUAAAGGAGACAUGGAGACUUCUGACUUGAUAACCUGUGUUGCGGACCUACAGUACAACAACCAGAAGCUUCAGGAAGAGAACAGUAAGCUGAAGCUCACACUGGAAGCUCUGGAUGAGACCAACAAUAAGCUAUUGGCAGAUAAUGAGCAUCUACGGAAACAAAUAAAAAGCAUCCAGCAUUCUGUGCUGAAAGCCAAAUCACUGGAAGAAGAACUAGAAGAAGCAAAAAACAACCUGAACCUGUCAGAAGAGAAGAGACAGCAGAUUCUCUGCCAGAAUAAACAGCUAAAUAUUAGGAAUAACAUGGACACCGAUGAACUUCAAAAGAAGAUUUUGGAGCUGUCUAAAAAUACAGCAGAGCUUCAAAUCCAAGCACGUAUCUAUGAGAGCACCAUGGUGAAUAAAGAGGCAAGCUUGAUGCAGGUAGAUUGGGUAGGAUUGAUGGUCACUGAAAAUUUUUAUGGCAACCUUUCUUUUCCACGCCUGCAGAAGAAGGAGCAGGACAUCAAAGAACUGAAGUUAACCGUUGUGGAGUGUUCCUCAGUAAUAGAGAUUACCAAGACUGAAUGGACGUCCCUGGAUGAAACACUGGACCGUGAAGUGCUGUUUUUACUUCAGGGACCUGAAUAUGCGGGAGAAAAAUUUAAGACUAUCAUGCAAAACCUGCAAGAGGAAGCCUCUGAAGCAGAGGAGCUUGUCAUGACUUCUUUACAAUGGGUAAAAGAUCCUGAUGUGAACAUGCAACAGGCUUGGGAAAGAAAACUUGUGGUUCUCAAGCAAGAACUAGGAGAAAAAAGACACCUUUGGAUCCAGAAACUUAAUCUCUUGGAAAAAUACAAAGAAUCCCUAGAUAAGGAUUUUAUUCGAAUGGCGAGCAACCUGAGGAGAACUAAGACAGAGCAACUUCACCUAAGGAAAAAGCUCCAUGCCAGGCAACGUGAGAUAGAAACCGUCAAACAGUUACAAGAAGAAACUUCUGGCCAGGCAGAAGCCCUUGGUUUAGAGCUGCAAAAAGCUACAAAACAGCUUGAGGAUGCCAGCAAACAGGCAGAGGAUCAAGUUGAAGCUUUUCACUCUGCUUGUGAGGAAGCCGCAUCCUUGAAAUGCAAGUUAGAGGAAGCCAUUUCUGAGCAGCAAAAACUCAAGGAUGUGAAUGCAGCUUUAACAAGCAUUUGCCAGUUGCUUCAAGAAAAGGUGGAAGACCAGAAAAGCUGCCUUGUUAUGGAAGAAAAAUCACCCAAGGGCUCACGUGAAGAAGAGGAAGAUGUGCCAACUUCCGUAGCAAUAGAGAAAAACAACGAUAAGGGUCUGGCUGGUCCUGUAUCAGGAGCGGAUCUGGCAGAGAAGGAAUUCUGCCCCGUGAUGGAAGAACACAAAACUGCAUUUCAAAAUGUUUUAAAGCAAGACUCGGAGGUGGACCAGGAAAAGAAAAAUAAUAAAGAGCAGAGUGAGGAAGCACCAGCUGUGGUUCCCAGUAGGAAAGGGAGUUCACCCACUGCAGGUGGCAUUAAAGCAGAUAAAACAAAGCAAAAUGAGCCUGACUCUCCUAGCGAGAAAGAAGUGGAGGCUGAAUUUCUGAGGUUGUCAUUAGGUUUUAAAUGUGAUUUGUUUACCUUGGACAAGAGAGUGAGGCUUGAAGAAAGGUCCCGAGACUUGGCUGAAGAAAAUUUGAAAAAGGAGAUCACAAAUGCUCUAAAGAUGUUAGAGGCUUUAGUUCUUUUGUGUGAAGAAGAUAACCAAGCGCAGGAGAUUAUUAAGAAGUUGCAGAAAAGCUUGCAGUUCCUUAGCCAGUAUGCAGCCCGAGUCGCCAGUAGAGCAGAGAUGUUGGGAGCUAUUAAUCAGGAGAGCCGUGUCAGCAAGGCUGUGGAAGUAAUGAUUCAACAUGUGGAGAACCUGAAGCGCAUGUACGCAAAAGAACACGCAGAGCUUGAGGAGCUGAAACAGGUCCUGCUCCAGAAUGAGAGAUCCUUUAGUUCUCUUGGAGAUCGAGAUGAAUCUACAAAUAAAAAGCUACCAAAUUCUUUUAACUUUAAGCCAUCAUCAUCCCUACGAAGAGUUAGCAUUGCAACAUUGCCUAGGAGUGCUGGAAAUGCAGGUAUUGGGUUGCCGCUGGCCCAGUUCCAUGAACUUGAUGGAGAUGAACGGAGUGAUAAAUUCAACAGGAGAUCAAGCAGCUGGGGACGACUGGGAGCAAAGCAAAAUGAGAAGCGUCCUUCGCUACAGCGGUUCAUUAGCACGUAUUCCUGGGCAGAGUAUGAAAACGAACACGCUGAAACAAAAAAUAAGCAGUCGGAAUCACCUGCUGAAGUGCAAGAAGAACCAUCAAGGAAGGAAAGCAUCUCUGAAAAAGGAAAAUAUUCAUCAAAAUGGAACCUAGAGUCAGCGUGCAAUUUAAUGUCAUCGUGGGUGUCCCAUUUCAAGGCUUCCUUUUCCAACGCUAACAAAACUCUCUGGGUUUCCGUUUCCAUCCUGGUACUGCUGGCUGCUCUCACAAGCUUCCUCACGGGGCUGUCUCUUCAAAGACCAGCAGACGCAGCACCUGUAGGAACUGGGGACUCCUGGACUUCACUACAGCAACUGUUGUGGCCGUAUACAGGACUUCAACACAACGGACCACCCCCCGUAUAA